ACCAUGCAGUCGUUGGCUCUUUACUAUUUUAUUUCAGAUGCAAAAGCCAAAAAAAUAUAUAUUGUAAAUGAAAGUUGAAGGGAAGUGUUAGGAUUUAUUAAGGAGAGAAGAAAAGUUACAAACUUUGUUCAUUAGAAAUUCUUACAAAGGAGGACAAAGGUGAAGAAGAAUAAGAGGAAAGUGGAGGUGCAAAGGGUUCAAAACCAUGAGCGUAACUGAUCCAAAAGUUGUGGAUUGUUCUAUCAUCCCAGUAUUUCAGGCCCCAAAUGAGGGAGAUGCAUCAAUGGUAAGUGUUAAUGAUGAAGAGAAUGUUGCGUCAGAAGGGAAGAGGAAAAAGAAGAAAAAGAAGCAGAAAGUUUCUGCUCCUCGUCCCGCGUGUUCUUGGGUAUAUUUUAGCCGGGAGUUUAUCAAGGAUUAUAGUGCUUCUCAUCCUGAAUCCUCAGGCCUUAAAGCUGCUACAAAGGCUGCAUCAGAUGCUUGGAAGUUAAUGAGCAUUGAGGAGAAAGCAAAAUAUACUCGGCAUGCUCGUGAAGUGUGGGAUGAUUACUUGAGCACAGCUCCUGCCCGUAUCCCUAAGCCCCGGAAGCAGACUAAACUAGUCACGAGAUGCUCUCCUGGCCGCUUAUUCAAUGUGCUACAGCGCCUCACAUCUGAGCAAAAGGCUGCAGUGAAGAGCAUGGGAUUUGGUAGUUUACUUGGCUUGAGAUGUCGCACUCUACGCCGCAGUUUGUGUCUUUGGUUGUUGGAGAGGUUUAACACUGCACGGCGCAGCUUGGAGAUAUGUGGGGAGCGCAUUCCUUUAUCCCCAAGAGAUGUAGAGCGUGUGAUGGGACUAGCAGCUUCUGGGAAGGAUGUGGUGAAUUCAGGGCCUGAUGACUUGAUUGCUGACUUGCGUCACAGUUAUAAUGCCACUAACCGUGGGAUUUCAGUGCGACUUCUAGAGGAACGGUUGGCAGCUCCAGAAGCAGGAGAGGAUUUUAAGAGAUCAUUUAUCCUUUACACAUUGGGUACACUUUUAUCUCCGACAGCAAGACUGGAUGUUAGCCCAUCAUUCCUCCACUUUUUAAUUAAUAUGGAUGUUGUGCAUCAGUAUAAUUGGGGAAAGUUCUUGCUUGACCGGUUAGUUCGGGAGGUAUCUCGCUUUCGCCAAGGGAAGCAGCGUGCAGUUGGUGGAUGCCUUCUUUUUCUCCAGCUGUUCUAUUAUGAGAGCAUCUCAAUCGAGGGAGCUGGGUCUUCUGCACCAGUUGUUGUUCCAUGCCUAUCUUCAUGGGGGGAGGAAGAGAUCACUGAAAGAGAAAAGCGAGAAAGAGAACUUGGUGGUUAUGGGUGUGGAGAGGUGAUUAGCAAGGAGGGUUGUCUGGAAUCUCUAGAAUAUAGAGUCCAAGUGGAAGUCCUAUCUGGGGGCAAAAUGAGCACUGGAGUUGAGCACAAUCACAUCUUUGAGCAGGAGGGGACCCAGGCUGAUGAAGAACAAAUGGACAGAGAUUUUAGCAUGGAGGAGGUAAAUGUGACAAAUUUUCCAAAGAGUAAGGGCAUGGUGUGUAGAGACAUGGAGAUGAUUGUUGAACCGGAUAGAACAGCAUGCCGUAACAAAGAAUAUGGAUGUAAUGAAAUUGUGGAUUACAUGAGGAACAAUGAUCGUGAAGAGAAUUGCAUUUAUGCGCCAUGUGUAUGCCCACUUCCAAAUUGCAAAUUUGUUGGCUCAUCUGAACAAUUGUCACUACACUUCAGUAGCAAACAUUGGGAUUCUGGAAGGCGUUUCAGGUACAACAUCCCAUUGCCUGUCUCAUUGGGGAUGAAUGAACACUAUCUUGUUCUCCAAGCUGAAGAGGAUGGUGUUCUGUUUAUCCUCAACAAGGGUGUUGAAAGCAUCGGGAAUGUAGUGAUGAUAACUUGCAUUGCUCCAAGCUCAUCAAAGGAAAACUUCUUGUAUGAUAUUGUAUCAGGAAAAGGAAUUAGCUGUCUUAGACUAAAAUCAUUGACUGAGAAUUUUCCAGGGCGAGUUGAAGGUUUUCCUCCUAUGGACUUUCUUCUAAUCCCUUUUCGAUUCCUGGGUCCUUCUGGAGAGCUCAAUUUAGAAGUUUGUAUAUGGAACUCUACAGAACUUGGAUCAGAUUGCCCUUGAUUACUUGUUUGUUAUAGUGCA